AUGGCAAGAUGCAUCUUCGAAAACUAUGUAGGUGAAGAAUUUGAAACAAAGAUAGGGCUACCACAAGGAUCAGUUCUGGCUCCGACAUUACUCAACAUCUUUAUCAACGACCUACUGGGAGACAUUCUAGGAGACUACACCAACUUUGCUGAUGACGGGACACUCUGGCAAACAGCUCAACCAGACCAGAUACUGGAACUCAAAGAUAGAAUGAAGGAUGACAUCACAAAGGCAGUGAAAUGGACUAAAAAAUGGAGAGUAAACAUCAACCUAGACAAAACUGAAAUAUGCAUCUUUUCAAAAAAAAAAACAUCGAUGAAGAGGACAAACGCAUUUUGA